AUAUUAAUUAUUAUCCUGUUGAAGAAGCGCGUAGGUCUAAUUUUCGGCAUCGUCCGAUUGGCAUUGGCGUUCAAGCUGAUACUUUUCUCUCCAUGCGCCUUCCAUUUGACUCAUUGCGCGCCAGAGAAUUAAAUAGGCAGAUAUUUGAAACAAUGUAUCAUGGUGCCUUGGAGGCAUCAUGUGAGCUCGCUUGUAAAUAUGGUUCAUAUGAAACAUAUCAAGGAUCUCCAGUAUCUCAAGGAAUUUUACAAUAUGAUAUGUGGAACGUUGUCCCAACAAAUUUAUGGGAUUGGAAUUUGUUGAAAGAAAAAAUUGCACAAUAUGGUGUCCGUAAUUCGUUGCUAUUAGCACCAAUGCCCACCGCUUCAACUUCACAAAUAUUGGGAUUUAAUGAAUGUUUUGAACCUUACACUAGUAACAUUUAUACAAGACGUGUUCUUGCUGGAGAAUUUCAAAUUGUGAACCCUUGGUUAUUAAAGGAUUUGGUUGAAUUGGGCUUAUGGAGUGAUCAGAUGAAAAAUAAGAUCAUUUCGGACAGCGGAAGUAUUCAGAAGGUUCCUGGUAUCCCUGAUGAACUCAAAGCCAUGUACAAGACAACAUGGGAAUUGUCUCAAAAAGUAAUCAUUGAUAUGGCAGCUGACCGUGGUGCAUUCAUUGACCAAUCUCAAAGUCUUAACAUACAUAUGGGGGAACCAACUUUUGCUAAACUGACUAGUCUAAAAACUGGAAUGUACUAUCUUCGAACGAAACCAGCAGCAGACGCUAUUAAGUUUACCGUUGAUCAGCUUUCACUUAGGGAAGUUGAAACAGCCGAAGAAUAUGAAAAUGUUGGAAAUAAAAAGGCAUCUAUUCUAGCUAUCGCAUGUUCAAUUGAGAAUAAAGAAGAAUGU